GCGAAGGGUAUGUCACAUUGCAAGGGCCGGAAUCGCGGGAGGCACCUGGCGUACGUCAUGCGCACCCGAGAGUGCAGGAGCCCGCGCCAUCCGACCCCACUGCAUGCAGUCCCAGUGCGUGCGGCAGUGGCGACAUCGAUCCAGAUCUGGUUGAGGUCGUAAACGAGCAAAGGUUUCUUGACCGCCGAGCUCCAGCUCAUCUCGUUUUCUCCUUUCUGCUGCGUCUCCUCUGUGCACUCGUAGAUUUACUUCGAUCUUGAACAUACAUCCAUUGCCUCUCAACUCUUUCCACCCAACUCCAUGUCGACCCCGCCACGCUUGUCACGAUCGUACCGCAAACCCGUGCCCCUGGACGCGCACCCAUUUGAGAUGGAGCAACUGGCCGUCGGGGUGACCCUCGACGGUGGGAGCAGCAUCUCGGACUCCAUCGCGCCGCGCCUCAGCCACGGUGACUCGGCCAGCUUUGAGAGUGAGGUGCGCCCACAGUCAAUCCCGUCCACCGCAUCCGAGUCCACCGCAGGGUUGCCACAUCGCCUCGACGAUCGCGAGGAGGGUCGCGAAGUGCCCGAUGAUCGCGACCAGUCACUUGUCCACCUUUCCGCGCCUCAGUCUCCUAUCACCCCCGUAUCCGACAAGCAGCCGCUGCGGUCGACGAUCAGCCUCGCUGAGGGCAAGGAGGAGGAGUUCGCCGAAUACCGCCCCCCGACAGAGGCGCAGCUGCGUGAGGCGGCGAACCACGAGCUUAUCGACGAGGACGGCAACACGGUGCUCUUCGGCGAGUUCUAUCCAGACUGGUCGGGCGAGCUUGCCUCAGACCCACACGCGGGUUUUGUUUCGAGUGGCACUGCCAGCGAAGACCAGCCGCGCACCGUCGUCUUCUUCAUCCGCACCAUGGCCUGUGGACAGUGCCAGGACUAUAUGAGUGCAGCGAUCUCGCGCCUCGACCCCGAUGAGAUUGCGGCUUCCGAUGUCCGCGUUGCCAUUAUCACCAACGGCGGCUGGAAGGGCCUCAAGAAGUACUCGCAGCUCAUGAUCAAUUCCAAGUUUAAACUCUACACCGACCCGGACUUGGGCCUGUACCGUCUGCUUGGGAUGAACCCCAAGAUCGCACGCAUCGACAUGCUCAAGGGCAUGUUCAUCACGCCCGAAAAUCGCCCUGCAUACCACCAAAGCUCGACGUUUGUGCAGCUUCUCAAGGGCUUGCGGACGGCGUCCAAGCUGGGCACGACCAACCUCGGAUCGCCGACGCAGAUGGGAGGCGAGUUUGUCCUCCAGCCCGGGUACAAAUGCACGUAUGCGCACCGCAUGCCGAACAAGUUUUCGCACGCGCCGGCCAAGAAUGUCGUGGGCAAGGCCGGCGUCAAAUGGCCUGAGGGACGACGAGUUGUGGAGAACAUCCCCGACCCCGCCAUCGCCGCCAUCGAGCAGGAGCAGCUGCUCGAGCCGUCAGAGGAGAAGGCCUGGGUCGGAUGGCGGCGCCCGAUCGAGUCAAAGGAACGACUGCCUCACUGCAUGUAUCGUCGCUGCCCAGCCCGUCUUCACCGAGCUCACAAUGUGGAAGGCGUUGGUCGCGCCCAGCAGUGGCGAUGGCGGUACCCUGCCCGCGUUCCUUGUCCGUCGAGCCGCCGUUCCGUCAGUCCUCCGUCGGAUCCGACGAAGCAAGCUCACGAUCACUGUCCAUCCACCCAGCCCUCCUACGCCAUGUCCGCCAUGCCCGCGCCCGAAGCGAGCCCCGAGGCGCCGCCGACCCCCAGGACCUCGUUCACCGUCUCGUCUGGCGCCAUCUGUUUCGGAGACCUGCACAACAUGUGGCACGGUGCGGGCGUGCCAAUCCAGCCCUUCCGGACCACGCCCGCAGACAUGGAGGUGGGAGGAACGGUGCGGGUGCAGCAAAGUGAAUAUAACACGGUCGCGCGCAACGGGGUGUGGCACGUGUACGCGCUCAUCUGCCGCGGUGUGACGGGAUGGUUUGCGGCGCACGAAAGCGUCGCGCCGCGGCGCGAGAUGCGCCGCAUCCUGCGCGUGUCGGGAAGCCCCGCGAGCUUGGACCCCGGAAGCACGUUCAACGACGAGGACACGGUGCGGGCCGGCGUGUUCGUGCUCAACCGCUACGACUGGGGGUACUACGACCGGCGGAGCGAGGGCGAGGUGCGGCGGGUCACGGAGAGCGGGCCGUGGACCAUCGGCGUCGGCGUGUGCGACUACGGGGAUGCGCGCGCGGCCGUGCGCGCGUGGGAAGGGAUUGUGGGGGAUGAACGCGCACCACGCCCCGCCGGCGUGUGGAUGGCCAUCCCGAAUGGCGAGUACCUGUACGGCAGGAUCGGAUAUGGUGCGGGCGAGGCGCACUCGUUCCUCUUCUUCAACACUUAUACACAAUUUGAGAGCACGACGUUUGAGGGCACAGUCACGCCGCUGAGCGAGCACGAAACAAUCCGUGAAAUGUUCGAGCGCCGCCUGCGCGAGGGCUACGAUUUCGGCAGCCGCAGGCGGAUCCGCAGCGUCAUUCCGCGCAACACCCAGAUCCCGCCGGCGGCGGAACGCACGCGCGUCGCGCGCGACGCGUACAUCCUCUCGCAGGCGGACGUUACGCGCGCGCUGGAGAGGGAGGAGGCCCGGGGCGGCGAAGCGGCGCUGAGCCCCGACGUCGCUCCUCUCUUGGACGCAUGGCGCGAGGCAACCUGCAACCUAGUCAACGACAUGUUCAUCAGCUUCCUGCAACGCCGCGUCGCGCCACACGCCGGCGGCUCGCUCGCGGAUGCUGCCGGAGCGAUUUUUGCGCGGCCACCCCCCAUUGCGGGCUUCAGCGUUUCCCGCGGCUUCGCAACCCUCGGGCGGAGGGUGUUCAUGGAAGUGGACCAGCCUCCCGACCUGGAUGCGGCUGUCGUCGGGCGCAUCAAAUUGUUUCUGCAGCAGACAGCGCGAGGCGUCUCAGACGAGUUGGUCGCUGCCACGGCGAGACUCGUCGCCUGCGUCUUCCGCGAGGUGAUGGAAGAGGCGCGAAAUUGCAGCCUCGACAAAUGCGACUACCGGAUCAUGCCUUGCCACAUCCGGCUCGUCGUCGUCGACGAGACACUGCUGUUCGAGUGGUUCAAGUAUUCGCCCGUGUUCUGGGAAGGCAUAGGGGAGUGAUUGCAGAGAAAUAGCGCGGGUGCAUGGAAGCCGAGGAGGACUGCACGGGCAGGCAGAUCGCAUGGAAGGGCC